AUGCUUGACAAGAAAGACUGUGUGCCUGACUUCCUCAGACAAUUGUCCCUGGAAAUCAUCAAUAAAAUCCCUCCAAACGACAUCAAAAUAUUCUCUGAUGGCAGUAAAAUGGAUAGACAGACUGGCAGUGGGGUAUUUAUUGAAACACCUCGAGAGAACUACACUCUUCAUCAACGAAACCCCGAUUUUUGCUCCGUCUUUCGAAGCGAACUAAUUGCAAUCGACAGGGGACUAGAGAAAAUCUUGAGUGAAGGGCACCUUGGAAAUACUUGGAUACUAUCUGACAGCCGUAGUUCAAUUCAACACCUCAAAAAUUGGGCCCUCAUUGGAGAUAAAACCAGUUUUUCGAUCUUACAAAAAGUAAAGCUCAUUUCCCAACAGCAUGAGGUCCACUUUCAAUGGAUCCCGUCCCACGUCGAUAUCCACGGCAACGAGUUGGCUGACACUCUUGCAAAGAAGGGACUAGACCAUCCAGUCCCCUCCACCUCAGAGCUUACAUACCUUGAACUUUUUGCAAGGCAAAAGGCCCAGAACAAACAAAAGUGGCUGCUUCCACCUAUUCACUACUGGUAUAAAGCAAAAAGGCCAGAACUCUCUCUAUCUCUCCCUGGUGACAGGUGGCGGGAAGUUUCAGUCUCAUUUUCAAGAUGGUGGAGAGAAGCGAUAGUUUUAAAG